AUGGCGACCUCAAUGGCCAAUUCAGCUACUCAUCAGAUCAACCUGGCAUCCUUGCCAUCGGUGCCACGAAUAAGACCUCCUCGGCUGCUCAAGGGAGAUCCUCAUCCUAAUAAUACCCCACAGCCAGCUGGGCAGCCCCCAAGGGAUCGGCUUUGGGUGCAAGGGAAAUGGCGACAUCCCACCUCGAACGCAACAAAGCACAAACGCGACGUUCAAGUCCGUCAAGUCACCAAAGCGCUUCGUCAUAGAACGCAUGGACUAGAUAUAUAUGCCUACCGACACGUGCGGACGAAUCAGGUUGUCUAUAGCUUGUCGAGGUCGUUGCAGAAUUCCCAAGUCCUCAAGCAAAUGCUGUUCCACGGCAAGAAAACUGUACCGGCCGCCGUCCGUCGAGACAUGUGGACUCCAUACUUUUCGGUGCAUUUUCCUGAGAACUUGGCCGGGUCUUAUGUUGGGCUCUCCGCAUUCAAGAGACUGCGUGAGCUGUCAACGCAAAGACAAUUGUCACCAACGAAAUCCAUGCUUACUGCCACUCAAGACGACGUCGAUAUUGCCAAGUCUAAACUGGGUGGUCCUCUGCAAGUUCAAAGGCUGGAGCAGUCAGACAAGUGGCAAGACAAAGAGAAGCUCAGCCUGAAGUUACCAAAAGAGGGAGAGCUACUGCCGAAAAAGCUACGGGCAAGACGAAUGAUGGACCAGAAGGCGACGAGUGUCGCCGACAUCGCAUUUGUCCUUGAUUGGAUUAGCUCGGGGCCUGGGCCUGUGGAAAAGAUGAUUGCCAUUGAGACCGAUCGAGUCGUACGCCACAAGGAUAGGACGAGAAAGGCCCGUGCUAGGGUCAAUGCUGCGGCAAGAGCGCAUAGCCAGAAGGAAGCGGAAAUAGAGGAGCGUGCCAAGCUGGUGUCCCACAGCAAGGGUGACGAUGACCGAACCAACGCAAGGCUGACUCCGGUACAACUAGAGAGGUUGAGUAUGGAGCAUCAGACCAUCAUGAACUCGUCCGAUGGUGUUCUUCAGGAAGGCCACAAAGAAAAAUUGAUAUCUGCUGCAGAGGAGCAAUGGAGGGCACUAAAUCCCAUCCAACCCCAGCUAAUUGAUCUUGAGGAGUACAAAGAGAGGAAGGCCAUCUCACAGGCGGCGGAGCAUGAAGCUCUGAAAACCUUUUACUCCGCGGAAAAUACAUCAUCCAGCGAUCCAAACGCCUCUAUAUGGACCCAUGUUAAGGAGAAGAGGGAAGCCGCUUUAGCCAAGUUCGAUGAGGACUUCAAGGAGAGGAAGAGAAGUGCCGCGCUCGCUCAAGCGGCAGUAGAGGCUACAACGGAGUAUGAAACAAUCAAGACUACGACUGGCGACCCUGCUCCCUCGAUCCAAGACUUGAUAGCCGAGAAGCAGAAGGUGGCUCUAGAGAAUCUUGAGAAGCAGGAAGCCGCUAAACAGCGGCUUAGGAAGUCAAAUUCCACCUGGUCUGAAAGCUGGAACAUCAAGAUGUACUGGGCAGACCUGAACGACGGCCUUUUCGCCAGAAGCUGGCCACAGAAUGUCAUUCACGGUCUUCUCGAACCGUAUGCCGUCAGCAAAACCAGUCCAAAUGGUGGGGAGAAGUCCAUACCCAAAAUUAACAAGAGUAUCCACGUCAUUGGGGGGGGCCUCAACGAUGGCUGGAUGCCUCACGAACUGCUGGCUGGAAACAAGUCACCGAAGCCCAAGGUUGAGUGGGAGACUGUGAAAGUGGACCUAGCAACUCGCCCAACCGAGGAAUUGGAGCAACAACCGCUUUCCAACGCCAAUGAAUACGACUCGGCGCCGAUCGAGCAGCCUUCGCCUCCAGAGUUAAGCCUCUUCGCUCGAUUGCGCCAAAGCGUCUUCGGCCGAUGA